AUGCAGUUUGGAAUGUUGAUUGAGUUUCUCUUUGAGAAGUUCCCAGAUGGGGAGUUGUUCUAUAAGGCAUCAAAACAGAGAUUUGAUAGUGAUGAUGAAUUCAAAGAGAGAGCCCAAAAGGCAGUUGUUGCUCUCCAGAGUGGCAAGGAAGAAAAGUACCAGAAGGCAUGGGCACAAAUCUGUGAAAUAAGUCGAAGGGGUUUCGAGAAAGUGUAUCAGCGUCUGGGGGUUCACUUGGAAGAAAUGGGUGAAAGCUUUUAUAAUCCCUGCAUUCCUCUGGCUCUAAAGGAGCUCAAUGAUAAGGGUUUGAUUGAAGAUGACGAAGACGCUAAGGUGAUAAAAAUUAUUGAAGGAAAUAAGGUGCCACCUCUUAUAGUUACGAAGACAGAUGGUGGUUACAACUAUGCUUCAACAGAUCUUGCAGCUCUCUGGUAUCGGCUUAAUGAGGAAAAAGCCGAUUGGAUAAUAUAUGUCACUGAUGUUGGUCAGAGAGAGCAUUUUAAAAAGAUCUUCGCUGCUGCUAAAAGUGCAGGGUGGCUUCCAGCUGAUGAAAGCAAAUACCCUAAAACAAGUCAUGUAGGGUUUGGUCUUGUUCUUGGUGACGAUGGAAAGAGAUUUAGAACUCGUAGUACCGAAGUGGUAAAGUUGGUUGAUUUAUUCGAUGAAGCUAAGCAGCUCUUGUGGAACAAGGUAAGGUGACUGAGUGGACUGCUGAGGAGCUUGAGCAGACGGCUGAAGCAGUUGGAUAUGGUGCUGUUAAGUAAGUGUGUCAUGCAGGGGUAAAAAUGGUAAAAACGACUGAUGGUAUUACGGAGAUCUGCAGGAUCAACUGGUUAGGCCGCAAUGCUGUUUGUUUGUUCAUUCAGGUUCUCUUAUUCCGGGUUUGUGAUUUCCGUACUUCAUAUCCGACUUUGGCUUCCAUUAUUUGGCUCCGGCUUUGCUGCAUUGAUCUUGGUGUCUCCGAGUCAGUUUACCGAGUUUGUUAUUCUCGCAAUUUUUAAAUUAAUGGACUGAAAUAGUGAUUUUUGACAAACCGUCGGGACGAAAACAGUAAUUAACUCUUAAAAAUAAAAACACUAACGGACUAUUGAAAACAAAUGAACAUAAACGAACACGUUACUGAACGUUCACGAACAUAAAUGAAUGAACGCGACCUCUGUUCAUGAUCGUUCAUUUAACUAAACAAAUGAAAUUUCUUGUUCGUGCUCCUUCAUUUACUAAGCGAACGAACACAAACGUUCUUCCCAUCGAACGGUUCACGAACCCUUCGCUGAAUGUUUGGUCCGUUUGCAGCCCUACUAAACUGUACUUUUAAGUGUUUUAGAACCUUUUUAUGGAAGGAAAUGGUUACUUUUCUACUUUUUUUACAUAUCUUUAUAUUUAUGUAUUUUUUAGGAACACCUUAUACUCAACAAUCGUAUAAAGUGAGUGAAUCAUUUCCGUAUAAAUGGAUCAGUAAAAAAUGGAAAGAAGGGUUUCACGUCACUUCAAUGACUACAGCUGGCAGUCGUUGGGGUGUCGUGAUGUCAAGAAACGCAGGAUUUUUCGACUAGGUUGUAGAACUUGAUUUUCUUUACCCAAGUGAAGGAAUACAUCGUAGAUGGGAGAGUGGGUACAGGAUACCAUCUAUGGCUGCCACACCUGAUCAAGCAGCGUUCAUUUUGAGUUUCCCGAGCGUAAAAUAAUGGACGAGACACAAGAAACCUUGAGAACAUCCGCCUUCCCGAGUACCCAUGUGAAGGAAAAAUGGUCAAAGAACCAUUAUAUUGCAUCCUGUGUUAUGAUUGAACCGUAUGCUGACUGAUGCUGGUAACAGAGGCUACAUUUUACUGAAAACCCCCACUGGAGUUGAAUACAUUUGGGGGUUUUAUAAACUGGGAUUCCGUGUGAACGGAAAAUUUUGGUGUAACGUAAAGAUGGCCGUGUUCUAUUACUAUGUAAGAUCAUAAUAGAUUUGAUAAAGAUAAGAAAGAAACCAAAAAAA